UGGUCGUUCAAACGCUUCGGUACAAAAACAGCCCGAGAUACACUGUUGUGCGUUAUCGUAACAAAAGCAAGGUUUCAGAGCUAACGUCAUGCGUGCGCGACCCGGAGGGGGUUACAACGUAUGCGGCUGCGGUGGCGAAUCGGACUGGCGACGUCGAGAGCCAUGGAGAAACGAAGCAAUGAGCUGAAUAAGCACAAAGUGAGUAACGAGAGAGCACCGAGCAGAACAGAGUAGCUCGAACGGCGAACGAGAGCGGCUCGCGUCGAUCUACAUUCGUGCUCCAAUAAAUUCCAAGGAGCCACCGUGCGUAGACAUCAGCAGGCGCGAUGAAUCUGUCGUUCGCUGGUUGCGGCUUUCUCGGCAUUUACCACAUCGGUGUCGCUGUCUGCUUCAAGAAGUACGCGCCGCAUUUGCUACUGGACAAGAUAAGCGGAGCCUCAGCUGGAGCCAUCGCUGCUUGUUGCCUACUCUGCGACUUACCUCUCGGAGAGAUGACGAGUAAUCUCUUGCGGUUGGCAAGAGAAGCAAGGCAGCGAGCCCUCGGACCAUUCAGCCCAUCUUUUAACGUACAAGAAAUUCUUUUAGAAAGCUUACAAAAGUUUUUACCAGAUGAUGCCCAUAUUCGCGUUAGUGGAAAAUUACAUAUUUCAUUAACCAGAGUUUAUGAUGGAAAAAAUGUUAUAGUUUCUCAGUAUAAUUCUAGAGAAGAUCUACUCCAGGCAUUACUUGCUAGUUCUUUUAUUCCAUUUUUUUGUGGUCUCUUACCUCCAAGGUUUCAUGGUAUAAGAUAUAUGGAUGGAGGAUUUAGUGAUAAUUUACCGACACUUGAUGAAAAUACAAUAACUGUUAGUCCAUUUUGUGGAGAAAGUGACAUAUGUCCGAGAGAUAUUUCUUCUCAAUUAUUUCACGUUAAUUUUGCUAAUACAAGUAUUGAACUGUCGAGACAAAAUAUGUAUAGAUUUGCUAGAAUUUUAUUUCCCCCAAAUCCAGAAGUUUUAUCAAAUAUGUGUAAGCAAGGAUUUGACGAUGCUUUAAGAUUUUUAAAUCGAAACAAUUUAAUUAAUUGUACACGAUGUUUAGCAGUACAAUCAACUUUUGUAGUUUCUGAAACACUAGAGGAUAGCAGUACAGAAUAUGACCCUGAAUGCUUAGAAUGUAAAAUGCAUAGGCAGGAAGCGUUAGUUGCAAAUCUUCCAGAAACGGUGAUGAUGAUUUUUCAAGAUGCUAUCGACUCGGCGAAUAAAGGACUCAUAAAUUGGCUUUUUAAACAUAGAAGUAUCAAGCUGUUAUCAUUAUUAAGUCUGCCAUACACAUUGCCAGUUGAUGUAGUAUAUGCUACAUUUACAAAAUUUAUACUGAACGCUCCCAGAAUCCAGAAAGGUCUUAUGGAAAUGAGCAGAUAUUUCUUAGAACAAUUAAGUCUUGUUUUUCCUCAAAUCAAUGUUUACUAUCAACCCAUCCCACAGACAAUUAAAUGCCAUGUAAACUUUAUGGAAUAUGGAUCAAAUAUCUACGAUGUUGAAUCAAUAGAUGACUCUAUAUUUAAUCAGCAAAAAACUAAUUUAAAUUUAACUCUAAAGUAUAAUGAUGCAAAGCCCUGGACAAAUUGUAAACAAUCUACCAAUUGUGUUAUAAAUAUGUCAGACUUGACAAUGUCUACAAUAAAUAAUGAUACUUUGGAAAAUAUUCUACAAGUUACAGGGGAACAGGAAACAUUAAUGGCAUAUUAUUAUAUGGAUAAUAGUAGUGAAGUUCACAUAACAGAACUUUUUGAUGUGAAUAAUGAAAAAUUAGAACUCAAAGAUGAUUGUAUUAGGCUCCAUCAACCUCAAGAAGAGUCUUUACAAACAUUCAAAACCGGUGAUUGGAAUGAAAAUCAUUGGGUGGUUCAGCGUAAUGAAAAGAAUCACAAUCGUCGAAAUUCAAAUCAACCUUCUUUUUCCAAUAAUUUGAGCAAAAAUGAUCGACAAGAUAAUCAUAAUAAUCACCCAGAAUCCGAAAGCAACUGGAAUACCACUGUAUAUCUAAAUCCAUAAAAAAUUAUUAUUAAGCUUCGAAGGAUAAUCAAACAAAAGCGAAUGAUAAUAAAAAUGUCUAAAACAGCGAAACAAAAGAAUAAUUGUUUUAAUUAGGUUUAAAUUAGUCUAGAAGAAUAUGUUUCAAUAAAACUGACAACUAA